ACUCAAAAAGCAAGUCCAUUUUCUUCCGUGCUCAUUUGUAUUUUAUAGUCGUCCCUGCCACCGCCGCCACCGCCGCUAGCUGGUUCUGCUGCUUCACCACCGUGAAGAAAGUAAAAUAAAUAAAUAAAAAUGGGGAAGAAGACGAAGAAGCCUGGCAAAGGCAAAGAAAAAACAGAGCGAAAAACCGCCAAAGCCGAAGAGAAGCGAGCUCGCAGAGACUCCAAGAAGCUCUCUCCCGAAGACGACAUCGACGCCAUUUUACUAAGUAUUCAAAAGGAAGAGGCAAAGAAGAAGGAAGUCCACGUUGAAGACAAUGUCCCUGCACCGUCACCUCGCUCCAACUGUACGCUCACAGUAAAUCCCUUGAAAGAGACAGAGUUGGUUCUCUACGGUGGUGAAUUCUACAAUGGAAACAAGACUUUUGUGUAUGGUGAUCUUUACCGGUAUGAUGUGGAGAAGCUGGAGUGGAAAUUGGUUUCGAGUCCGAAUAGCCCGCCUCCACGCAGUGCUCACCAGGCAGUUGCUUGGAAGAACUAUAUUUAUAUUUUUGGUGGUGAAUUUACGUCUCCGAAUCAAGAUUUUUGGAUGUUCGACCUGAAAACAAAUCAGUGGGAGCAGCUUAAUUUAAAGGGAUGCCCGAGUCCACGGUCAGGACAUCGAAUGAUAUUAUACAAGCACAAGAUUAUUCUUUUUGGUGGCUUCUAUGAUACACUUAGAGAAGUGAGGUAUUACAACGAUCUAUUUGUAUUUGACCUUGAUCAAUUUAAGUGGCAAGAAAUAAAGCCUAAGCCUGGAGCAAUGUGGCCUUCUGGUCGUAGUGGCUUUCAAUUAUUUGUUUACCAAGAUGAUAUAUUUCUGUAUGGUGGCUAUUCGAAAGAAGUUUCUUCUGAUAAGAAUGGAUCUGAAAAAGGAAUAGUUCAUUCAGACAUGUGGUCCCUUGAUCCUAAGACUUGGGAAUGGAACAAGGUUAAGAAAAGUGGAAUGCCUCCUGGGCCUCGUGCUGGGUUUUCCAUGUGUGUUCAUAAGAGGAGGGCUCUUCUGUUUGGUGGUGUUGUGGAUAUGGAAGUAGAAGGUGAUGUGAUGAUGAGCUUGUUCAUGAAUGAGCUUUAUGGCUUCCAGUUAGAUACCAAUCGCUGGUAUCCUAUAGAGUUGAGAAAGGAGAAGUCAACAAAAGAUAAGUUAAAAAAGAAUGAACAAAAGUGUAUUGGUGAUGUUGAUAAUAAGACAGAAGAAACUGAGGAUUUAGAGUAUGAAGAAGACGAGAUUGAUGAUAUAUCUCAAAAUAUUGCUUCAACCGUGACUAUUGCUGAUAGUGAAACACUAGCCAAAUCUGAAGGAAAGUCUAAGGAAUCCCGUGCUAAGACUGAUGUUCAGAGUUCUUCCUUGCCUGAGGUAGUGAAGCCUUGUGGACGUAUUAACUCCUGCAUGGCAGUUGGAAAAGAUACAUUAUAUAUAUAUGGUGGCAUGAUGGAGAUUAAAGAUCAAGAAAUUACUCUUGAUGACUUGUACUGUUUAAACCUCAGCAAACUUGAUGAAUGGAAGUGCAUAAUACCGGCAUCAGAAUCUGAAUGGGUGGAAGUCUCGGAGGAGGAUGAUGAUGAAGAAGAUGAGGAAGAGGAUGGUGAAGAUGAAUCUGAUGGGGAUAGCGGAAGUGAUGAGAAUGAAGAUGACGAAGAAGAGGAGGAAGAGAAUCAGAAUGCAUCAGUUCAGAUGGGAGAUGCUGUUGCUUUAAUAAAGGGAGUUGGAAAGAAUCUGCGUAGGAAAGAGAGGAGGUCACGGAUAGAGCAGAUCAGAGCUAGCCUUGGCUUGUCAGAUUCACAGAGAACACCAUUGCCAGGAGAAUCGUUGAGGGACUUCUACAGACGUACAAAUAUGUAUUGGCAAAUGGCAGCGCAUGAACAUACUCAGCACACUGGGAAGGAACUUCGCAAGGACGGUUUUGAUCUUGCUGAAGCUCGAUACAGAGAGCUAAAACCAAUUCUUGAUGAGCUGGCUCUAUUAGAAGCUGAGCAGAAAGCUGAAGAGGCUGAAGGGCCUGAAACAAGUAGUAAUGCAAAGAAGAGAGGCAAGAAGAAAACCAGAAAUUGAUAACUUAUUACAAGGUUAUGAUGCUAUAGAAAAUGCAAUUUGCAAUUUUGAGUUAGUUUGAUUUUUCAUUUCUUGCAAAUUUUUAAAGAGGCAUGUCUUUCUCAAGAUGUUGUAGUAGUAAAGAAUUCACUAUACAAAAGUGGAAAUUUGAAUUGAUCCUUAGUUGUUUUUGCCUUAAAAAACUCACUAUGCUUGUUUCCCCUUUUAUAUAAUGUUUACAU